AUGCGGGUGCAGCUUCUACUGUCACACGGAAGGGGUGCAUCCAAUCACUUUGAUGUUUUACUUCAAGAUGCAUUUGUUGUUAUCACUCAAAAAUCGAACAUUGUUGAUCUCCUGUUUAUUAAAGCUACCAACAUCUUUAUUGAGACAAAACCAAAGUAUUUUGCUAAGACUUUAAUAGUUCACGAAUUGGUGAAAAGUCUUGAUUUAGGCAAAGCCACGUUUGGAGAAAUUCGUGGCGAUAAAGAUUUAAAAGUUAUUUAUAAAAUCAACACCAAAGUUUCCAAUCGAUUAAAAUAUGUUUACACUGCAAAAAAGGAAAAAGAAAAAAAUUAG